AUGAACAACUUCGGGGUCAUCGAACUCGCUAGUGCCAAAACUACGUCGGCUCCCGGAUGGGCCUACGUUCCUGACACUGGUAUACUGCCCGGAUCCAACGCCCUGCAGCCAGCAAACCGGAAACGAGCUCGCAAUGCACCCGCGGGCGUGACGGUCGGCGACCUGACGGCGCGGCAAGAAGCCAAGAUUCGGAAGGAGAUUGAGGCGUUGGAGCGAGAUGGUGGAAAGGACAUUUCGAUUCCGAUACCCGCAAAGAGCGGCAAAGUGCUGAUGGGCGAAACUGGCGCUGCAGCUCCUGGAAAGCAUACACCAAAUGUACGAAAGAUCCUACAGUCACAAAAGACGUUUUCAAAUCACCUAGACGACUUUCUGGCGAUACAAGCGCAGGUCGAGGGCGGUCCGGCUGCUGUGGGUAACAAUCGACCGAGCAACGCGAGCUCCAAGCGACCAGCCAACAAACGAGAUGCCACCGCCGCGUCUACACCCACCGGCAGCAACAAGCCGACACCAGGCAUACAGGAAGAGGACGUUACAAUGGCAGACGCAGAUCUUCCCCCGGUCUUGGUCGGGCAGUACAGACCACCGCCAGCGGCCCAUCCGGGCGACAACGAUCCAUUGCUGGCAUCUCGCGUGCCUGAUCUCCCGUCAGACGAAGAGCUGAGGAAGCUGCUUGCUCACCCACCGCUGACAUACUAUGAGACUAGAGGCAAGUGGGAGGACAGCUACCCUACGCGUGUGUUCUGCGAGGUGUGCGGAUAUUGGGGACGGGUGCGAUGCAUGAAGUGCGGGACCAGGGUUUGCGCGCUGGACUGUCUCGAGACGCAUAGAGAGGAAUGUGUCACCAGAUAUGGGCUGUGA